CAAAAGAUGGCAACGCACAUCGGAUGAGAACACGGACGAUAAAACGGUGGACUGCGUCAGAUUCAAUACUCACCUAGCUCAACUCCCCCUAAGCUCUCUACAGAAAAAUGUCAGGACACCCAAACCAUCCUCCCGGCUACGGCUACGGCUACGGCGCGCCGCCUGGAAGCCAACCCUAUGGCUCCUCACCCUACGGGGCACCCCCACCACAGGGCCAAGCCACCCCCUAUGGCGCGCCACCUCCACCGCAACACCAACCACAGCCACACGGCCAGUCCCCCUACGUCCCCGUGGCCCAACCCUACGGCGCAGCCCCCCCGGCCCAACCCUACGGCGCCGCCCCCCAGGCCUCGCCCUACGACUACAAGCCCCCCAAGGAACAAGCUUCCUCCGCCGCCUCUGGAUAUCACCCAUCGGCGCCGAACUAUUCCAGCCCGUUCGCUGCACUGGUGCCCUCCACCUUUCCUCCCGGCACCGAUCCCAACGUAGUCGCUUGCUUCCAGAUUGCUGACCAAGAUGGCAGCGGGAUUAUCGACGAUAAGGAGUUGCAGAGGGCGCUGUCUUCUUACAAUCAGAGCUUCAGCUUGAGGACCGUCCAUCUUCUCAUGUACCUCUUCACCAAUUCCAACGCCAGGAAAAUCGGACCUAAGGAGUUCACUGCAGUGUUUUACAGUCUUCAGAGUUGGAGGGACAUUUUUGAGAGAUUUGAUAGGGACAGGAGUGGCAAGAUUGAUACUUCUGAGUUGCGAGAGGCACUUCAGAGUCUGGGAUUUGCUGUCUCACCGCUGAUUUUGGAUCUUCUUGUCUCUAAGUUUGAUAAAACUGGAGGCACAAGCAAGGCCAUUGAAUAUGAUCAUUUCAUCGAGUGCUGUCUAACAGUUAAGGGACUAACUGAGAAAUUCAAGGAGAAAGACAAAGCAUACUCUGGUUCAGCAAGUUUCACUUAUGAGUCCUUCAUGCUGACUGUUCUGCCCUUCCUGAUUGCAUAGGAUGUUGAUGGUUUUUGGAUUGGUUUGAUGUAAUAACCAGUGUCUUUAGUGUGUUUCACUGCAACUGAUAUUUGCUUUAAAUUUCCAGCUUUAGUAAAAGCUCUAUAUCUUUCUGUACAUUGGUAAAAGUCUUGUAUUAGAGUUGUUGUGACUGCAAUUUGCUGACAGAUUUCUCAAUGCAUAGCUCUUUCCCAUUUUGCUA